AUGAUGAUAAAACAAUACCUACUUGCGAGUACCAGCUCAUCUCGAUUGGUCUUGAUAGCCCGAGCUUCCCUUCAACGAUCUUACAGUACUAAACGGCCUAGCCAGCGCCAACCGCACGAGUCGCCUUUGAAGGGUAUCAAGAUCUUGGAUCUCUCUCGAAUCCUGGCCGGUCCAUCGGCAGCUCAACUAUUAGGGGACUUGGGUGCGGACGUGAUCAAGAUUGAAGAGCCAGAUCGAGGAGAUGAUACUAGAUGGCUAAAGACUCAGUACGAACAGAGACAGGACCCUCAAGUCUUUAAGCCUUCCUCGACUCUUUCAAACUACUUCCUCUCUUGCAAUCGGAACAAGAAGUCUUUAACUUUGAAUCUCAAAAAACCGGACGGCGUUCAGAUCCUGAAAAAACUGAUUGCGCAAAGUGAUGUCUUGAUUGAGAACUUCAUAGUAGGCAAGAUGGAACAGCUUGGUCUAGGAUACGACACCUUGCGGGAAAUAAAUCCCAGAAUAAUCUAUUCGAGCAUAUCAGGAUAUGGGACGACAGGUCCGAAAGCAAAAGCAGCUGGUUAUGAUGUGAUUGCCGCCGCUGAGUCCGGUUUCAUGUCGAUAACUGGUGAGCUAGAUCGACCACCGAUGAAGACCGGAGUGGCGAUCUGUGAUAUCGUUACAGGCUUACAUGCAGCGAUCGGCAUCUUGGCUAGCCUGUACAGCCGGGAUGGAGGCCCUGACGGCGGUCGACUGGGUCAGAAGGUUGAAAGCUCUCUGUUUGAGUCUGCGCUCAGUCUGUCAUUUAACGUCGGUUCGAGCUUUUUGAACUCGGGCGAAGAAGCCCAACGAUGGGGUACUUCACAUCCAUCGAUCGUUCCUUACCAAGCGUUUGAAGCUCAAGAUGCUUAUAUGAUCAUUGGCACCACAAACAACAAGCAGUUUGAGAAGCUAUGCAAUAUCUUGGAGCUGGAGGAGUUAAAAUCCGAUCCACGUUUUGGAACGAAUUCCCAGCGAGUCGAGAACCGAGUAGAGCUGGUCGAAAUUCUCGGCGAGAGACUCAAGUCUCGACCGGCGUCUGAGUGGAUUGAAAAGUUGGGCAACUUAGGUUUGCCGUGCUCCAGAAUCAAUUCGAUCAGACAGGCUUUCCAACAACCGCAGGCUGAUGUCCGUCAGAUGAUCCAAGAAAUCGAUUGUGAACAUUCCUUCUCUGGCAAAAUUCACCUCAUCGGUACCCCAAUCAAAUUAUCUGAGUCGCCUCUAACAAUACGCUCUGCCCCACCAGUCCUGGGUGAACAUACCAAAGAGAUUUUAGCCCAGCUUGGAUAUACUAAUGAACAAGUUGCCCAACUCGUUAAAGAUUCAGUGAUAUAA